GCUUCUCACAUAUGACCCACGGAUACGGCCAUAUUUUAAAGACAUUCCAGUUGAAGUACAAGUAAACAUUUUCAUUAACAGUUUUGGCGCAAUCCACGAAACAACUAUGGACUAUCGAGUGAAUAUAUUCCUCAGACAAAGAUGGAAUGAUCCAAGGCUUAAACUUCCAAAUGAUUUCAACGGUUCAGACACACUGACUGUGGAUCCAACUAUGUUCAAAUGCUUAUGGAAGCCAGAUUUAUUUUUUGCAAAUGAAAAGAGUGCAAAUUUUCACGAUGUGACACAGGAAAACAUCCUACUCUUCAUAUUCCGGAACGGUGAUGUGCUGCUCAGCAUGAGGUUGUCAAUAACACUUUCGUGCCUCCUUGAUUUGGCUCUGUUUCCCAUGGAUACGCAACGUUGCAAGAUUCAGCUGGAGAGCUUUGGCUACACCACAGAUGACCUCAAGUUCAAUUGGCAAUCUAAGGACCCUGUACAGAUGGAGAAAAUUGCAUUACCACAAUUUGAUGUUAAAGAGGAAGACAUUGAGUAUGGAAACUGCACUAAGUAUUAUGCGGGCACCGGUUAUUACACAUGUGUGGAAGUGAUUUUCACAUUAAGAAGACAGGUUGGAUAUUACAUGAUGGGUGUUUACGCUCCUACUCUUUUGAUUGUUGUCCUUUCAUGGCUCUCAUUUUGGAUCAACCCUGAUGCGAGUGCUGCAAGAGUGCCUUUAGGCAUCUUCUCAGUCCUCAACUUGUCAUCUGAGUGUAUGACUCUUGCAGCCGAACUGCCCAAGGUCUCUUAUGUGAAAGCCAUGGAUAUCUGGCUGAUUGCGUGCCUCCUGUUUGGAUUUGCAUCUCUUGUGGAAUAUGCAGUUGUGCAGGUUAUGUUGAACAGCCCCAAAAAAAUUGAAGCUGAAAGAGCUCGAAUCCAAAAGAAGCUGAAGGCAAAGGAGCAGGCUAUUGCCUCUGAAGGAAAAGGAGGUGGAAACUGGGUUAAACCUUCCUCUCAGAAUACUGUUAAUGGUACAGAUACUCCCGUUCAUAUUAGCACUUUACAGGUAAGAAACCAUGAGACUUAACUUUUACAUUUAGCCUGAAUGCAUUUGUCCUUGCACCCAUGAUCUUCCCCGUAGUUUAUCUUACAUGUUAACCAAGGGAAUAUUGCCGUGAUGUUGUUAUCACAGCUGGAUUUACUUUUAUUUUUCUAAGUGUGGGACUCGCUGCAAAUAUUUACAUCACUCUUAGAACUCUCUGCUAAUUUGUGAUUAACUUCUGCAGUUACUAAAAGCAGGACUGGCACCUAGGACCUAUCAGGUGGGGGGUAACCAGUGCCAUUUGGCAUGAGCCUCAUGCCUGUCUGUUUCAAAGGGAUCUUGAUUUGGGGGCCUCUAAAAUUGAGGGGCCUUUACUUGAUCUUGGUUUGGGGGCCUCUAAAAUUGAAAUUGGCCUGGGCCUCAGUUUAUCUAUGAGAGGGCCUGCUGGCACCUCCCAUCUGUUGUAAGGAGAAGCAGGAAGUAAAAUUGCUGACUUCUCAAUUCGCAUAGUUUGUCUCCCAUUUGUUU